ACCCAAAUGUGUUCCAAUUCCUGCUGCCCCCUUGCUAGCUACCCAGGCCAGCCAGGGUCUGGUUUGGGCAUGAGCGUAGAGGACGGGGGUACACCAGGCCUGGGCCGUCCCAGGCAGGCCCGCUGGACCCUGAUGCUACUCCUGUCCACUGCCAUGUACGGUGCUCAUGCCCCAUUACUGGCACUGUGCCAUGUGAAUGGCAGAGUGCCCUUUCGGCCCUCCUCAGCUGUGCUGCUGACAGAGCUGACGAAGCUACUGUUGUGCGCCUUCUCCCUCUUGGUGGGCUGGCAAGCAUGGCCCCAGGGGGCCCCACCAUGGCGCCAGGCUGCCCCCUUUGCACUAUCAGCCCUACUCUACGGCGCUAACAACAACCUGGUGAUUUAUCUUCAACGUUACAUGGACCCCAGCACCUACCAAGUGCUGAGCAAUCUCAAGAUCGGAAGCACGGCCCUGUUCUACUGCCUCUGUCUCCGGCACCGCCUCUCUGCCCGCCAGGGCUUAGCACUACUGCUGCUGAUGGCAGCGGGGGCCUGCUAUGCAGCUGGUGGCCUCCAGGACCCUGGGAACACACUUCCUGGACCGCCUUCAGCAGCUGCUGCUGGCCCCAUGCCCCUGCAUGUCACUCCACUGGGACUGCUGCUUCUCAUCUUGUACUGCCUCAUCUCAGGCCUGUCGUCCGUGUACACAGAACUGCUUAUGAAGCGACAGCGGCUGCCCCUCGCCCUUCAGAACCUCUUCCUCUACACUUUCGGUGUGCUCCUGAACCUAGGUCUGCAUGCAGGUGGUGGCCCCGGCCCGGGCCUCCUGGAGGGCUUCUCCGGAUGGGCAGCGCUGGUGGUGCUGAGCCAGGCACUGAAUGGACUGCUCAUGUCAGCUGUCAUGAAGCACGGCAGCAGCAUCACACGCCUGUUCGUUGUGUCCUGCUCACUGGUGGUCAAUGCCGUGCUCUCAGCAGCCCUAUUGCGGCUGCAGCUCACGGCUGCCUUCUUCCUGGCCACGCUGCUCAUUGGUCUGGCUGUGCGUCUCUAUUAUGGCAGUCACUAGUCCCUGACCCCCUCCACCCAGACUCCUGACUCCGUAGAUAGGGCACCGCCGUCAGAGCCACCUCCCAGGCCUCCCAACCCUUCCUCAGAAGCCAGCCCUGUAACAAGUGCCUUGUGACAAAAGCUGGGGAGAUGAGAGCAGCCAGGUUAGUCCCUGGAGGUGGGUGAACGAAGGGUUACUUCAGGAGACUUAAACACUGGGUUUGAGCAAAGAAACGUCUCAGAAGUUCAUCCACACUAAGGAUUGGGGGAGCAUCAAUACCUAGGCCUUAGAAAUGACUCCACCCCCAAUGGAGGAGGCUCCCUGCCUCAUCUUGCAUGAAUGCAGUUUUUUGAAGUGGGGCAUGGGCAACAGUUGGCUUUCCUUGCCACCAGCGGUCACCGCAGCAGACCCAUUGCUCCCAGGCCUGGUAUGGGGUACUCCAGCCCAGCUUUGGUACAUGACUCCCUCAUUAGAGACAUUCAUCCCUCACUGUAAGGCAGGAAAGCCCGAUUGCCACCCCUUUUAUUCCAAUCACCGAGGCCACCCUUCCAAGCUCCCCUAGCUCCAGCAACACCUGGAGACAAUGCCCCAUGCUCCCUCCAAAGUGCUGCUCUCCACACCCACCCAGCCUUUGUUCUGGAAACCCCAGAGAGGGCUGGAGCUUGACUCAUCUCAGGGAAUGUUGCCCCUGGGCCCUGGCUUAAGGCUACACUCCUGACCUCUCUGCUCACCCCAAGGGCCCUUUCAAAGCCCACUGCCCCUUCUGCAGCUCCUAGGAGGUACCAUUCUUCUCACUCUGGGUCCUGCCUCUGCCUGGCAGUGUCCCAGCUCUCAACAGUUUAGGGAAGCUCUGCACAGAGUGACCUGGAACCAGGCACAGGGAAAUUUGGUGUCGCUCAAUCAGUGUCUCUUAACUAUGUAAGCAAUAAAGUCUUAAUAAAGUGUUCUGGGGUGCAGGUGGUUCCUGCAGUUGGC